UCUUCUAACAUCUCACAAUGUCACCCGGCCACGUGAACAGCUGUUGAGCACACUGCUUGUCAAGUGCUUUGCACAUAUUGUUGAGUGUAUUCCUCACAACAACUUAUGUUUAUCCCCAUUCCACAGAUGAGAACACUGAGGCACAGAGAGGUCCAGUAAGUGGCUCAGGGUCACACAGUCAGGAAGUAGCAGAGCCUGGAUUUGAAGGCGGUCCACACGAUGGGGAAGGGCACUCCAGGAAGAAAACAAAAGCACUAGUGUGAGGUGGUGAGAAGUGCAGGGUGUGUUCAAGGACUAGCGGAUCCGGAACGAGGGGGAAAGACAAGGAAACGGAAGCUGGAGAGAGGUUCCAAGGGAGACAGGGCUGGGAGACCCUAGACAAUGGGUCCCCAGUGCAGACGUGGAGGUGGCCACUGGGGUUUCCAGUUCUAUGUCCACAGGUCCUGACUGGGAGGAUGCUGCUGUUCUGGGGGUCACUGCUAUGCUGGGGGCUGCUGCCCCAGGCUCAAGGGGAGGCCCGGCAUCAGAUCCUCCUGCGAAUCAGCAAGGAUCAGCUGAAAACAGACAUUUCAGACCUGUUCUCGGAGCACCACAUCUUGGACCGCGUGGCCGGGAUUCCUGUGACAGGGGCUGCAGGUGAAGGCGUCACCAUCCUGGACCACCUGCCCUUUGUAAGAGAAGGCCUCUCCAAGAAGAGCAGUGGGCUUGAUCUGUCACUGGUCGGGGACCUGCUCUCGGGGAAGCGCCUCCCACUGCUGGAGAAGCUGCUCCAGGUGGGCGGGCUGGUCAUAGAAGAUGCCGUGGGACCAGAGAUCACCCUGCAAAUCCUAAGCAACAGCCUGCUGCAGGUCACGUUGCGAACCAAACUGUACCUCUCGCUCCAGCAGAUACUGCGGCUCAAAGUCAUCAAGAACAUCCGCAUUGGGAUACGGCUGGAACAGAUGGGGAACAAGACCAAGGUGGCCUUCGAGGAGUGCCACACCCCACCAGGAUACCUCAGCAUCAAGGUUCUGGAGCAAAUGGACCCGCUCCUGGCGAACGGAGCUCUGGAGUUGGUGACGAGUACCCUAGAUAAGGCACUGCCCUUCCUCCUACAGAAGAUAGUGUGCCCCCUGGCCACGACCCUGCUCAACUCACUGCUGGAAGACCUGCUACACCUCACUCUGCCCCCGACCAUCUCAAGCCCAGAAGACUUCCAGUACUACGUCACCACCACGGAGUUCACGGAGGAGGCCAUCCUGAUGAAAGUCCAGCUUGUGACGCCCUGCAGCCCAGGCCAGAGACCCCGAAGGCCUGACCACCUGACCCCCCAACCCCUUCCAAAAUUAGCCCAAGGCAGCAUGGCAGACCUCGCUUUUGGGCUAGAAGUCUACAAUGACAUCCUGUCCUGCCUCUACACCAGCAAGGAGAUCCACGUGGACCCCCAGGACUCCAAAGCUGCCGACCUCAUUGCACUGUUGUCACUGAGAGAGCUGGAGCGGGAGCCCAAGACUUCCAAGCAAUCCGGAGGAAGUGUGAGACUGACCAUCAGUACCCCCGACCCUCCCACCGUCCACAUUGACGGCCACACAGCCACCGUCACCCAGCCGGGCUCGCUGGUCCUGCUGGGGACCAGCAACACCUCCUCUGUCUCACUUUCCUGGGAUCUCCUUUCAAAGGCUGUGUUUUCCUCGAGAAAUCAGGAAUUAAAACUCCAGUUCACUCCAAGCAGCACCACAGUCACCCUGGGCCCUUAUCCCGCCGGCCUUGCAAAGCAGGAAAAACGUAUGGAGGCCUUUCUCUUAGAGCUUCUGAACAGGGUAUUUUUGCCCCAUCACAACGAGCUGCUCAGAGAACAAGACCUCCUGCUGCCCAACGUCAAGGGCAUCUCCUUCGACCAGGCCCAAGUGGAGCCCUCCAAGGGUUAUGUGCUGCUGACUGUUCCAGACGAAUAGCUGGUUCUUACCGAGGGCCAGUCCCUCUCCUCAGCCACAAGUGCUCUGGACCCUUGAGAGUACAAGAAUGGCUGCUGUCACAAUGGAAAAUCUCAGCUGCAAUAAAGAUGAUUCUUGCUUGAGAAAGAGUCUGGUUCUGAGUUUGCUACGGGGUUCUAGGAGAUGGCAAGGCCCCCCCCCCCCGAAAUGCUUAAUGGAAAGGUUUUUCUCCCUGAUAGUUCCUGUGUUCCCUUGGCCCCUCAGAGAGAGAUUCUGAAUUCUGUAUUCAGCAUCUCAGGGAAGAGAGGCUCCUCAGAAAACAGAGAGGGCCUUAGCUUCAAGAGCCCACGCCCUGAGACGAUGGGACAUAGAAAGAACACAGGGAAUUUUCACAUACAAGGGUUCCCUGCUCGAGAGGGAAGAAGAGGAAGGAAGCAGAAGUUUUGAUGUCCCUAAGAAAGAGGGGACUCCAGGAGCCCAGAGAUAUUUGGGAGGCCCUGAGUGUGGAGGCAAGGGGUUAAGGGAAGAAGCCGCACCCCUAAGGGUAGAGCCAGAUCCAGGAGGCUGAUUAUGAUACCACAGAGCUCCCCUGGCCCUGAAAGGUGUGACAGGCAGGAGAGUGGUUGACAUGUGCCCAAGAGCAGUGCCAUCGAGGGAGAGAGUGAGGAGAACCCUCCCCAUCAACAUCCAGUCCCAUGUGGCCCAGGCAGGGCAGGGUGGUGAGCAGAGAAAGCCUGGGUACCAGAGGGCUUUGCAGUCAGAAAUGUGAAUAGUUCCAUGGUUGCCAAGGUCACAAAGCGGGAAAAGGCCUCUUCUCACACCUGGGCACCUGCCAAAGCCCAUGGCAAGUUAAGUCUGCCCCCAGACAAAGGCAGAUGAGGAGAAACUUUGGAUUGUGAUAAAAUCCCUAUCACAGGCAGGUCUCUGUCUUGGGAGGGAACAAGUGACCAGCAGCCCAGUAACCUCAGCUGGCCUCUGGCAACUGGAUGGCCGGUGGGGAGGCCCUCCUGGAGGCCAGUUCUCUGCCUACAUCCCAAACCAUUGAGCAGGCCUCGUGGGUCAGGUGCAGGAUCCCUGUGCUGUGGUGGGAGGAUGGAGCCCAGACCAAACCUUGCUGUGAGUUCCUUACCUAACUCCCCACCUGUUUUACAAAUAUGAACCAUAAGCCCAGCCUUGAAGGAAAUAAGUGUCCCAAAAACAUCCCUCAGACAAGUCCUUGGGCAAGAUGGCAGGACCGCCCUGCA